GAAAAGCUCGCUUCAUGGCUAACACCACAAGACGUUCUCCUUCGGCGUGGCGAUCGCUCGUCGCACGAGGUUAGUAACCCAGUUGCCCAGUUCAGUGCCGUUCUCCGGCUGAGCAGUAGCAGCAGCAGCGGCAGCGAAGUGCGCGCGUGUUAAUACCGAGUGUCAGUGUGAUUCGAUUAUAUCGGCGGGAAGGCGACUUCAGGGAAGACCGACAUCUGCACGAAGGGUGGAUUCGAAAUGGGGCACGACAAUGACAUUGAGGAGCUGAUGUCGCACAUGGGAGACUUCGGCCGAUACCAGGCAUGGCAGUUCUUCCUCCACGUGAUCUCUGCACUGACAGCAGGCAUCCAUAUGAUGACCCUCGUCAUGGUGGCCGCGGUGCCCGAUCACCGCUGCGCGAUACCCGGCCUCGACAACGAGAACUUUACCGCCCCCUGGAACAGCACUGAGGUGAUCGAGGCGAUUCCGACGAAGUCCAAAGGUGGCCUCGAGAACUGCCUGAUGUUCAAGUCUGGCAGUAACGUCACCGUAGAGUGCGACUCCUGGGUCUACGACAGGACCUACUACCAGUCCUCGCGAGCCAUAGAGUGGGACUUUGUCUGUUCACAGCGAUGGAUGGGAGCGCUGUCCCAGUCGGCGUACAUGCUUGGUGUCUUCGCCGGGGCCGUUUGCCUCGGCUCAAUGGCCGACAAGUAUGGCAGGAAGAUUAUUUUCUACAUCUCAGCCGUCGCGCAACUCGUUUUCGGCGUGACAGUCGCCUUGGUUCCGGAGUACUACACCUUCCUCGGCGUGCGAUUUCUCUACGGUAUAUUCGGCUCAGCCGGUGCCUACAUAACCGGGUUUGUACUGACCAUGGAGAUCGUCGGUCCCUCGAAACGGACGAUAUGCGGUGUGGCCUUCCAGGCGACCUUUGCCCUCGGCAUCAUGCUCGUCGCAGCCUGGGGCUCCUUGAUUAAGGACAGGAUGUGGCUGCAGAUUGUUUACGGGCUGCACAGUGUGCUUCUAAUCGGGCACUGGUGGCUCAUCGACGAGUCUCCGCGGUGGUUGUGGGCUCAAGGUCGGGUAAAAGAGGCCGUCGCGAUAAUAAAGCGGGGGCUUCGGAUGAACGGUAACAACAUGGACAUCGACGUCGCCCACUAUGUCUCCCGAGGGAAGGCCUCUCAGGCGACGAAGGAGGAGAGGGAGUGCGGAGUCCUGGACCUGUUCAAGACCCCAAACCUCCGCAAGAAGUCGCUCAACAUAUGUCUAAACUGGUUCGCCAAUUCGAUAGCUUACUACGGGUUGUCCCUGAGCACCGGGAGCCUUUUGGGCAACCCGUUUCUCAUGCUGUUCCUCUCGGGUCUCGUCGAGAUUCCGAGUUACGUGAUGAUCGUCAACCUGAUGGACCGGACCGGUCGCCGAAGCCUGGUCAGCAUCUUGAUGAUCCUUGGCGGUAUUUGCUCGAUAGUGGUGCCGUACAUCCCACGGGACGUCAGCGGCGGUGCGUUUGUCGUGAUCAUUGGGAUGCUCGGGAAGUUCCUGAUCGCCGGCUCCUUCGCUGUCACUUACAACUAUUCCGCGGAGCUAUUUCCGACGGUUCUGAGGAACACGGCGCUCGGUGUCGGCUCGAUGAGCGCUCGUAUCAGCGGUGCUAUGACGCCGAUGAUCAUACUUCUCGACACCCUCGAUCCUAGAGUUCCGUCGGUCAUCUUCGGUUGCCUCGUUCUCGUCUCCGGAUUCCUGGCGCUGUAUCUCCCGGAGACGCUAAACCAGCCGAUGCCCCAGACCCUGGAAGAUGGCGAGACCUUUGGUGUCGGCGACACCUGCUUCACCACGUGUUUCGGCUCUCGCUCCCGGGACAAGACGACUUACGACGUUGCACUUCAGGACUCGGACUACAAGGAGAUCAGCAAGGACACCUCUGCAUAG